CCCGCCGAGCCCGCCCACCCCGGCGAGAGUCGCGCCGGAGGCUGUGCCCGCCACGGUCAACAGCGCGGGAGGACGACUGCUUUGCCAGAAAAAUUCACUUAUGUACAUGCACAUAAUAUUGCAUACUUCAGAGGCGGCUUCUAGGACCUACUGAAGUUUAUCCUCUAGCAGUCCAUGGACUCCACGGACUCCAAGGGAAGAAUGCAGACAAUCAAAUGCGUGGUUGUAGGAGAUGGGGCUGUAGGUAAGACCUGCCUCCUCAUCAGUUACACAACGAAUGCCUUUCCUGAGGAGUAUAUCCCCACUGUCUUUGACAACUAUAGUGCCCAGACAUCUGUGGAUGGCCAAAUCGUCAGCCUGAACCUGUGGGACACAGCUGGCCAAGAGGAGUAUGACCGACUGCGAACACUAUCCUACCCCCAGACCAAUAUCUUUGUCAUUUGUUUUUCCAUUGGCAACCCAUCCUCGUAUGCCAAUGUGAGGCAUAAGUGGCACCCCGAGGUCUCCCACCAUUGUCCCAAUGUGCCUGUCCUGCUGGUAGGUACCAAGAGAGACCUGCGGAAUGACACUGAGACAGUGAAGAAGCUGAAGGAACAGAGCCUAGUGCCCACAACUCCUCAGCAAGGCACUUCCCUGGCUAAGCAGGUGGGGGCUGUGAAGUAUCUAGAAUGUUCAGCCCUGAUGCAGGAUGGGGUGCACGAGGUAUUUUCAGAAGCUGUUCGGGCUGUGCUUUACCCUGCCACAAAGAAGAACACCAAGAAGUGUGUCCUUUUAUAGCUUUUGGGGUGCUACUUGGAGACUGCACCUAAGGGGGAAUGAGAGGGAUUCCUUUGAUAGCAUUGAACAAACAAUGCCAGCAUGAGCCAUUUGUCUCUUUUCCUAGAAACCCUAGACUCCAGGUUAUUGGGCUUUUGGAGGAACAAAGACAGCCUUGUUUGUACAUGGCUGCUUUGAAGUUUGGUCUGAACCUUUUGGAGGAAGUUUGGGGGGAGAGAGAGAGAGAGACUGACUGACUUUUACCUCUAAAUUAGCUUUCCUAGCUGUAUUUACCAUUGAGCAAGUGUCUCACAGAAAGACAAGUUUUUACAGUUUUCAAAUCAUUGCCUUAAACUUUCCGAUAUACUAAUUUUGGAAAAUCAUUUUAUAUGUGAUUCCUGAGUGUUCCCAGUGUCAGCAUGUUCUUCCCAUUCUGGAGAUGAGACAUGCUUACAAAAAUGCCUAAGCAGCAUUUUUCCAAGCUCUGGGAGAUACUAAUAGAUGUUCCUUAACAAGAUUCUGUGGUCAAGUAAGUCAGGAACCAGUGGGUUUUUUUUUAAGUGUUUAUUUAAAUUCCAGUUAGUUAACAUACAUUGUAAUGUUAGUUUCACGUGUACGAUAUAGCGAUUCAAUACUUCCGUGCAUCACCUGGUGCUCAUCACAAGUGCCCUCCUCCUUCAUCCCAUCACCUAUUUCCCCCAGUCCCCCCACCCAUCUCGCUCUGGUAACCAGUGAUUUAAAUAAAGAGGAACUGGUUCCUCUACUGGGGGGAUUUAUAACUUUUAAUAAGUGAGCAACAUUUCCCAAAUUUAUUUCACCAAACCUUUUCUUUUUUCUUUUUUUUGGUUCCACGCAACACCUGUUAACAUCUCUGGAAGCACAGUUUGAGAGAGGCUGGGUUAAGAGGAACUAGACAUUCCCAAAGAGGCUGUGGAGAGAAAAAAAAAAAGCAUAAUGUGGUCCUGUUCUUUUUGAUGUUUCCCUGAGAGGGCCUUUGAGGGGAAUGUUUAUCAGCCACGGACUUGUUACUGGUUCCUCUUCUGCCCUCAGGAGAUGAGUUUGGCACUUCGUCAUGGUAGCACAUUGGAUGUGGGGUCUGAUGGUCAGAUCUGCUAUCAGAUUAUGAUAGCACUAUGGGCCUGGUGAUGUGGAAUUAAUCCCCCAUUAAAGCUGUGUCCCUGAGGCCUCUGUGAGGCCCUUUUUUUCUGUCAGCUUCUGCUUCAGGGAAAGACCACUGAAGGUUAACCCCACAGACGAACCAACCAACCACCCAACCAAAAUAUUCUGCGGGUCAUUAUCAGGGAGUUGUGUGAUUCUUCUCAGUGUCCUACCUUGCUCUUUUCCUAUUCCUCCCUCCUCUGUACACUCUGUGUGUGUGUGUGUGUGUGUGUGUGUGUGUGUGUGUGUGUGUGUGUUUUCAGUCCUGGUUGCCUUUUGAGGUCUUUUAGUUGCUUGAAGAAAGUUGGAGUAGGUUGGAUCUCCAGACCCCAGGGCUGUCACAUUUGUGGGGAUUUUGCUGGGGGAUUUCAGCUUGCCCUGCGGCGGUAGGAGUCAGACUCCUUACCUUAGUAAGCCUGCUUCUCCUUAUUCUCCCUAGUUGUAUUUUUGACCUUCUUCAUUAGAUACGGAAGGAAAACUCCUCCACCUGGCAGAUAGUGGUUGACAACUCCACUGUGCACAUAUUCUCUUACCCUGCCAAAAGAAGCAUUGGAUCUUUGAGAGUUUGGGAAAUGGAGUUAAAAGAAUCACGUAGCUCCCUCUGUGGUGAAUGAAGAGUCUGUGCCUUGCUCUGGGAUGGUCUUGCUGUUGCUCUUUGACAGUAUAUGGUCAGAUUAGUCCUCAGGUUAACUGAGCCUCCUGGAUAGGGUUGCCAGAUAAAAGAGAGUAGUUUUGUUUUGUUUUGUUUUACAAACACUUUUUUAGUGUAAGUAUGU